AUGUCCUAUAUCCCACCCCACAACGUUACCCCGUCCAAUGACGCGAUUUACGCAGCUCUCUUCUACGCCCGGGUUGGUAACCUCCACGCGACCACAGUCCAAUUACACAACACCAUCCUGGCAAAUCACCUGUCCUGGAAUGUAUCUGCAGACCGUGUCUUGCAGAUAGCACACUCAUCCCCUGAAUUGGCCCCCUUUCCGGCUCUUAGUCCGACCCAUUCCGCGCCUUUCCAGCAAAGGUCCUUCCAGAUGCUCUUCUACGUCCUCACUUACUAUGAGCAAUGCUUUACCGCCCAGUUAUCUGCGGACAAUGCUGCAAGAUGGCACCCCAUGCGAUACGAGAUCUGUCUCAUGGCCGCGGGUGUCAAGCCGUGCUGUCUGGUCUGGCUUGGCCCCGGUUAUCACUCGUCAAACAGGGCUCAGCAUCUGCAAGAUCGCAGACUCGCCGAGUCUUGGGUGACGAAUGUAUGGCAAAGAACUGUUCAGAAGCUUCAAGUCGUGUCACACUCCGAUCCAGCCUUGCUGGACUGGCUAGCUUCUGUCCAGACCGUUCCCAUUUCUGCCGGCAUUGCUACUGGUCAUCCGCAGAAUUCGUCUAACUGGCACUCUUUUACAGGACGUAUCUUGGUCUACAGCAUUCAUGCACCGCCCCAUCAUCGCGCGCUGGUUCGCUGGGCGUUCCUCCAACCCAACCUUGUUCCUGGUGCCAUUGCUGUCACUCGUUCUCCUCCAUCUGAAUCUGUCACUCUGGUCCCCGAGUUGAUCAUAGCAGCUGCAUUAGGAUAUCCAUGCACCCGACCGGCUACGCGUGGUCUUGACAAUCUCCGGACGGCGUGCUUUUUCUAUGAAGAUUUCGCAGACGGCAGAGCCGUCGUCACUGGCUUCCUGGCAGCCCUUCCACGGGAUCUCAGUUUGGUCAUGCGACAUCUUCGAGAGAUGCAGCGCGUUCUUGGGCCGAUAGUUCCAGGCGCUCUGAAUCUCGGCGUUCGCUUUGAGCCAAAUGGAGAAGACCAGGGGGAGGCCAAUGCCAUACAUCUGCAGCGCCUUCUAACGACCACGGGCGAACCACUGUACACCCCUAUCCGACCCGGGAACAUUGGAACAAGUGGACCUCUUGUUGUGGUAGCUCUAAUCCUCGGACUCAUGUCAAACAAUGUAAUAGAGAAGAAAUGGCCUGCUAGGGAUGUUUCCCCAUCUCGUCUGAUAAAAAAUGGACAAGGUCUAGACAGGUCUCAACGGGCGGCUUGCCGGUAUCUGCACACUGCUGGCAUUUCUCGUGACAUCAUAGAGAGGUUGUUCUGCAAAGGUCCUCGGGUAAUCGUCCGAGCAAUCAAUCAUAAGACCACGUAUGGUCAAGCCAAAGACGACUCCGCAGACGAUGAGCUGCAUGUACCAGAGGCAUUCAGGAGGACUCCAUACGAAUCCUUUGCGUCAUACGAACAUCGAAUGGAUAUCAUGGCGAAGAGCGCCCAGCAAAAUGCGAGAAUAACAAGGUCGGCCUGGCGCAUUGCUAAUGCACAGGCAGCUGCAGCUGCCAGGGCGCGUACUGUCAAUGGAAUGAAGCGGUCGCCUGGGACGACACUAAAUACCUCUUUCGACUGCGCGUCUCCAGCUCCUGGACCUGUCCGAUCAGGAACCUAUAGCACACCACACCAGAGCGAGCUUCGCUGCGUCGAAUCGGGGCUCAACCCGUAUGAUGAAGAUCGUUGCGUAUCAUGUGGACGUCCUCCAAGACAGGCGGCUGUCCGAGCCACCCGAUUAUUGAGACAACAUAUUGCAGCAGUCGAGGAGCGUACUGUCGUCUCGCCGGUUUCAGAUUCGAAUGACCAGACGGCGCUCCCCACGCCUUCGUCAGUAUCGCCAGCACAACUCAAAAGAGAAGACGAAGACGGUGCUUGUAUAUCGAGCCCGCGUGCUGAGAUUCUUCAAGGACCGGAGUUCGUCUCUGGAUCUAACACGGCUUUCAAUGUUCAUUCUUCUGGAGUCUCCCCAUACGUAUCUCCACCAUUGUCCCCCGUGAGCAACGAACCGCAACGCCCCAUCCAGGACUGGGCGCAGUUGCCGUCAGCCUCCUCAGGCUUACGACCCCCUUGGUCAACCGGCCGACCGUGCCCAGCUUCGAAGAAUAGAAGAUACGCGGAGCAUUUCCCCAAAGAAAUGCAUCAUCAUAUCUCAACAGCUGCACCUGCUUCAGCGCACACAACGAAUGAUGGAUCUAUCCUCCCGCCUCGCACUUUUCACGAUUGGCUUCGAGCCAUUCGACUGGAACAUCGACUCGUCCUCCUGAACAGCGUUGGUUUCUUGACCCUAGAAGAUGCGAUAGAUGCGGCGAACUUCAGUCACGACACAAUGACGACUAUGCUUAAUACUCUGGAGGAGAAGGGAAUGACGAAACUUGAAACUUGGAGAUUGCAUGAUGGCUUCCAGAAAUUGAAAUGAGCUUGCAGGAAUGAAAAAGGACGCAGAAGAGAAGAGAAAUUGGC